AUGGUGCCAAAUUCAACAUGGGAUGCAAUUACAGAGUUGUGUACAUUCUUUCGUGUAAUAUGUUCAAGGGUGUUACGCGUAGAUGACUUACAACGCUUGCAAACUACUAUUGUUGAAACCAUUUGCAAGUUGGAAAAAAUAUUUCCACCUGGAUUCUUUGAUUCAAUGGAGCAUCUUGUUAUCCACUUAGCUCGAGAAGCUAUGCUUGGUGGUCCGAUUCAAUAUAGGUGGAUGUAUCUUUAUGAAAGGAAGUUGGGAUCAAUGAAAAGAAAGAUAAAAAACCAUGCGAAGGUUGAGGGGUCAAUUGUUGAGGCUUACAUGAUUGGAGAAAUAUCGACUUUUUGCUCACAAUACUUUUUGCCUACAAUUGAAACCCGGUUGAAUCGUGAGUCGCGUAAUUUUGCCCCAGACAUUCCUAGUUAUACCAUGGUCGACUCUCGAUUAAGCAUUUUCAAAGUUCCAUCUCGAAGAUUAUUCGAAAAAAGUGGCCAACGGAGGCCUUUGACAGAUGAUGAGAUGCGUAUUGCUCAUAAUUACAUCUUGAUCAAUUGUGUUGAGGUUCUACCUUUUUUAAGGUUGUUUGAAAAUUAUGUGAUCCAAAGCCAACCUGAUAUGGAUGAUGGAGCAUUUGAAAGGUUUAGGGAUCAACACUUUGCUAAGUGGUUUAAAGAUCAUGUUUUUCAACAAUCAAAUGAUAUCAGUCAACAUCUGAAAUGCCUUGCACGAGGACCAUUACGACAUGUUAGGUCCUAUAAAGGAUACUUUGUCAAUGGUUACAAGUUUCAUACUGAAAAAUAUGGUGAUGGAAGGGUCACACACAAUAGUGGUGUAUGUGUAAGAGGGACUUGUUACAAUGAGACUGAGUGUGACUAUUAUGGGUUGUUGGAUGAGGUCUUAGAAGUAGAAUAUCAAGGCAUAGGGCGUUGCAUCGUAGUAUUGUUCAAGUGUAUAUGGUUUAACCCUACUGAAGGGGUACGUGUGGAUCGAAAGCAUAAUUUGGUUGAUAUUAAAUACAAAUCAAGGCUAAGAAAUGAAGAUCCGUUUAUCCUAGCGUCACAAGCAGAACAAGUGUAUUAUGCACCAUAUCCUGCAAUGAAGGAUUUGAAAGAUUGGUGGGCUGUCGUCAAGACGAAACCAAGGGGUGUAUAUGAUCUACGACAAUGUGUUAUUGAAGAAGAUGAUGAUGAGGAUGAAGAGGACCAAUUCUUUCAAGAAAGUGAAGCAAUUUUACCUUCUACAAGUAGUGGUGCAAAUGAGGUGGCAGGACCCCUUUCUCAUGUAAUUGAAGGAGAAAUAGAAGAAGUUAAUGACAAUGACAUUGAGAGAGAAGAGGAUGAAGAAGUUGAUGAUAACUUGGAUGAUUCAUCCCAAGAUGAUAUUGAAGAUGAAGACAACAUAUGUGAUGAUAAUUCUGAUGAUGAGUAAUUACUAAAAAUGUGG